AUGACGAUUCCAGUAUCAUCUCCCUCCUCAGGCGCCUCAAUCGAUCCAGGGGGAGCUCGUAAGGCGAAAAUCUCGAAUCGCGAAACUCAGCUCCUGAAUCGCGACCUAGAGGUCAAGCUCCAGUCUUCGUCGGUUCCAGCGUCGAUUCCAGCUGCUAAGGUUCCAACCUACGCGGCGAGGUUCAAGUCUUCACUGCGAAAUCUUCGCAAGAUCUCAGAUCCAACCUUUCUGGAGGAUGGAACACCGGUUAUGCAAGCACCGGAGUCCGUGCUUUUGCAGACGUCGGAGUUCUGGAAAGAUCAUGUGGUUGCUCACUUUCACGGCCGUAGGCCGUCGGUAGAGAAGAUAAUCGCAGAUUUGAACCCAGUUUGGGGAAAGUUUGGGAAAAUCACGGUUCGUACUAUCUCAGAGACCUGCGUGUUAAUUUUCAUUCCCUCGGUGCAAACCAGAGAGUGGGUAUUAGAGGUUGGAUACUGGCAAGCGGAUCGUUGUGCGUUCUCGGUAUAUCCGUGGUCAGCUGAAGGGAGCUUAGCUGCUCAGGAACUUCUCUUUGCUCCUACGUGGGCAGUGCUCAAGAAUGUUCCACCUCAGCUGUACUCUUUGAAUGGGAUCAGUGUUGUUGCUAGCGGAAUAGGUGAACCGCUCCACACUGAGAAGUCUCGUUUAGACCCGUACCACUUCGGAGACACAAAAGUCAAGGUGGAAAUCGAUCUCUCUCACUCCCCUCCGGAGGCUGUAGUAGUUAGGGAUACUCAAGGAAAUUCUGUUAAGAUUAACGUUGAGUACCCUAACCUUCCUCCUAGAUGCAUCAACUGUGGCAAAUUUGGACACUUGAUAAACCGUUGUAACAAACCCCGUAUGAAGAAGCCGUUUACUCAGAAGAAGGAAGCAGUGAUCAGUGUUGUUGAGUCUGUGGAGGAGGUAUCUUUAGAAGUAUUGAAUCAAGAAGCUGUAGCUGACAUCUUAAGCGUUGAGGAGGAGAAGAAGAUGAGGAGGGCUCGCUCAAGGUCUCGCCGGAGGUCUCGUUCUAGAGCUCGAAUAAGGGCCUUGAGCUCCCCUCCUGAAAUGUUGGUCAUGGGAGAGGUUAAACAAUCAGUAGAGGAUGAAGUGGCGGUAAAGGUAGGGACUUUGGCAUAUGAGGAAAAGUCUGUAGUCAAAGCGGAUGUUUCAGGGUGUUCAAACAAGCCUUUGAUCAUUGAUGAAACGCAGUUGGAAGAAGGAGAGAUUCGAGAUAGUUAUGAGGAAGAGAAGGAUCUUACUCUAGAAACAACAGAAGAAGAAGGUUCCUUAUGGCUGACCAAGCAUUCCAAGCAAUACAGGCGUGCUUUGCGUCAGGUAGAGCGAUGGAAAGCUUCAGGAUCAGUCGGUACUCCUCCAAAAUCUCACAGCGGUCGUCAGAGGGUUGUUAGUAGGUGGUUGCAGAGUUUGGGCUCCUCAGUGGGAGCUUUAUUGGAAACACAUGUACAGGAAGAAAAUUUUCUCAGUAUUUUAGGAGCUGUUGCUCCUGGUUGGCGGUUUGAUAACAAUUAUUCAGUUGCAGAAGGAGGAAGAAUAUGGCUUUUGUGGAAUCAGUCGCUGUCAGUAGUGGUGUAUAUGAAGACGGAUCAGUUAAUUCUCUGUGGAGUUAUGGACCCGGCUUCAGGUACGAGUUGCACAGUAGCCUUUGUAUAUGCGCAGAAUUCAGAAGUGGAAAGACGGAUUCUAUGGAGAGACUUGAUCAAUAUCUCAAAUAGCUCCAUUGUUGCUUCGUCACCAUUGGUGGUGCUUGGAGAUUUUAAUCAAAUUCUUACGGCGGCAGAACACUUUUCUUUGCAACCAUAUGAUCUGCCUGUUCGAGGUACGGAGGAGUUUCAGCAGUGUCUGAUAGAGAGCAAUUUGGCAGAUAUGGAUUUCAGAGGCACUUUUUUCUCGUGGUCAAAUAGGAGAGAGGAAGAUCCAAUUCUCAGGAAGUUGGAUAGGGCGGUUUGCAAUGACAGAUGGAAGGAGGUUUUUCCAGGGGCCGUGAGUAUCUUUGAGGCUCCGGGAGAUUCCGAUCACUCUCCGGCAAUUCAGAGAAGAGAUGGUGAAGUUUUAGGAGGAAUCAAUCCCAGUUGGAUCGAAGUUGUUUUCUCUGGGACAGAGAUUGAAGAAGGCUAA